UUAACACGAGAGGUGGUCCUUCAGUGGCAAACUCUAGUAAAUUCUAGGUGACGGGGAGAGGGUGCGCCCCUCCCAUUUUGGACCCAAAUUAUUGCAUCUACAAAUGCAUGGGAUAAAACUCCUAUAAAGUUUCCCAAAGCGACAGUAUAGGAGAGGGCUUCGGUGUACACACUAGCUUGAAGACGAUAGAAGCGCACGGGAAUGCCGUUGCUGAUAGCCUGUUUGUCUGUUAGUCUAUCUGUCAUUCUUUUCACAAGGCCUACGGAAUGCCGAAGUAAUAUCAUGAAAACUGACUUCAUACAGGCCAUGUUCGAGGAAUACGACAGUAGCCUUUCACCAAACUUUGAGAGCAAUGAAUCAACGAAGGUGAACAUGAGUCUCUACGUCAAUAGCAUUGAUUCCAUCAGUGAACAGUCUAUGGAUUUCACUAUUAACGCUUUUAUUGAACAAGAAUGGUGUGAUCCGCGCCUGAUAUUUUAUGGAAUGAUAAUGGACGAGUACUUUGAACUGGACUCAAAAUUUAUGGUCAGAGUCUGGGUUCCGGACUUGUACUUUACUAAUGAGAAGCGCGCUAACUUUCACGUCGUCACAGUGCCAAACAAAAUGCUCCAUCUUUACAACAACGGAUGCAUCAAAUACCGCCUACGUGUUUCCCUGACUGCUUCAUGUCCGAUGAAUCUUCAAAAAUAUCCAAUGGAUUCCCAGAGGUGCUCAUUGUAUUUGCAGAGCUUUGCAUAUACCCGAAAAACCAUCGACUUUGUAUGGAAAUCUGUCAAACCGGUUGUUGCAAGCAAAACAAUGGAGCUGCCUCAAUUCACUCUUGUCAAUGUCAACACAAGGAACUCUUGUGACGAAAAUAUCGGUGGUCCCGACUUUACAUGCAUUCAGGUAGACUUCAACUUAAAACGUAACACCGGUUUCUACAUGAUCCAGAUCUACAUUCCGACCAUCAUGAUCGUCCUUCUGUCCUGGGUCUCUUUCUGGCUCAGCAUUGACGCCGUGCCCGCGCGCAUCUCACUUGGCAUUCUUACCGUCCUCACCAUGACAACACAAAAAGGCGCCGCCAUUUCCUCGCUUCCUAGAGUGUCCUACGUUAAAGCCAUUGACGUAUGGAUGGCCGUCUGUUUGGCGUUUGUAUUUGCUGCGCUGCUGGAAUUUGCGAUUGUUAACGUAAUGCAGCGAAGACAGCAGAAAUUCGCUGACCCCAGCAGUUUUGUUAACAGCAGUAACAAACCUGAAGAAGAGAAGCAGAACCCAAACAACAGAAGGUUUAGCAGCGGAAAGAGGGAUGCCCAACGAGUGGACAAUGUUUCCAGGGUUGUCUUCCCUGCGAUUUUCUUUGCUUUUUGUAUAAUUUAUGCUGUUGUGUACAUGGUGUAAUUAAUACAGCAUGUUUAAGAAGAAGUGAUAGAUUGCUGUGUUUUCUUUGUAAAUAACAUUUAUUUUGGAGAUUCUGAGUCGAAAACUGCUGUUCAGUUAAUUGUUGGAUACAACCUGAAUUUAAUUUACACAACACGCAUAAGAAGCGCAAUUCCGUCGCACAGAUUAUUUUGUUUGACGAAUAUCAUCCAUAAAAUAAGACAUACUGAAAAAUAUAUGUUGAAUAUGUCUUUUGUGUAUAAAUAAAUAAGGUAAAUUCGACUGCCUCUUU